AUGAGAGCCGUUCGAGACAACAAUCUCACAGGCAAUUUCGGAUCAGCUUACAGCGAGGCAGCAUCUGCUCUCGCCACAGCAACAAGCUAUCUAAACGAUCACCUAACCAGACGAAAAACACAAGAGGACACUUUCACUCCCGGCUUUUGCUCCGACUACGAGGGAGCAGUCUAUAUCAAGGUCUUUACUGUAGACGACAUUGCGCGCCGACUGAACUACCCGCGAGCGCGCACCGUCAUCUUGGAACUAAAUAAGAACCUCGUUCUCGACAAGGGCCUUCUUUUCGACAAACGCUACUCGUGCACUGUACUCCGUUCCAACAACAUUACCGGAUCGGGUUACAGAAUCUCUUAUUUCGGAGCGGAUCAGCCUGUAUUGCGGAUAUGGAACACCAGCAAUGUGCUUGUACUGGGAGUGAGCUUUUCGCUCGGAGUUCGCACCUCGUCUCCCGAAUGCGUCGGUGUUCCCGAGAACGGCAUCGGGGUAAAUUGCCCUACAAUACACGUGUACAGGAGUUACGGAAUCCAGAUUGCUAAAGGAACAGUGUUCGGGCGCAUUGACUUGUUUCGAAGCAUGUCAUCGCGAGUCGACUCCAUGCGCGUCACGGGGGUUCCGGUAUUCAACAAAUCGCCGGGCGUGAUUCGCGUCGCCAUGAGCGGCCAUGGGCCCACGCUGGAGAAGUCGUAUAUCGCGAUCACUAAUAACGAAGUUUACGGCGUGGACACCCCGAUCGUGCUCUAUCAGGGCGCCAUAGGCGUGAUAGUGCGCAACAACUAUGUGCAUGACUUCAUAUUCGCGGGCAUCCGGUGCGGCGCGGACGUGCACUACGCGGCGGACUGCGUGCUCGCGACCAUCUCGUACAACAUCGUUGUCGCGGCUGGCACCAACCGGUCGGGCGACCAGGACGCCGCUGGGAUCUACUUCUGCACGCACUGGUUCAGCCCUGCGAACCUGGCGGAGUGCAACUACGUGUUCAACGGCGACCACUGCUACUACCUGGACUAUGUCACCUCGGGAGUGACGGUGAAUGGCGGGGCGUGUGUGGGCACGUACGAUGGAAUCAAGGUCAACAACGGCAAGUGGAACUCCAUCGACAACAUAAUCAUAAAGGACGUGGCAGGCAUGCCGGGCUGGUGCACGUGCUUCACACCCACCGUCAACAACUGUGCCAAACGCCCAGGCACCUACUGGGAGGCCAUGCGAAAGAAAUACUACGACACUCCGCUCUUCCGCUCCCAGUGGCCCUGGUGGGACAGCGUGUGCCAGGACAGGAGCAUUCGAGGCCAGCUGUGUAAUAUCGGCCGUAAAGGCACGCUUUCAGGGAAGGAGACUGGGUAUUGCAGCGGCCUUCCGACGGAUAAUUUCGUUCGGCUUAUAGUUGCUAACGGAACGCGCGAUAUGGGGUAUAAGUAUUGCGAGACGCUGCCGACGGUGGAGGAGGGGACGUUCAACAAGCACCAGAUGGUGAACCUCACGGAUAUCCCCUCUGCAGCGUUCUUCGAUUACGCGCAGAACGACUUCGGAGUGUACAAGCGCUCGUCGCUGCUCAAAAAUCUUCCCAACUUUAAAGCCUGCCCGAGGUGGGCGGUUGGGCCGAGGAGAGUAGAUGAGAGUUUCUACCUGGCGAACUACAAUCAUCCGGAGCCGCCCGCGUUCCAAUUGGUGAUUAACAUGCAGACGACGCAUAUCAUUGAUCGGGCGCUGCAGGCCUCGUUGAAUCGCCCGCGCUUUCCCACGUCAACCACACAUCCCCUCGUCGCAAUUGCUGAUAGUAAACAUACCGCGCUUCAGAUCGUCACCCGCGCUCCCCUCAUCACCCUCGUCGACCCGCACCGAUCCUCGCCGCCCUCACCUCCCUUAGUCACCCACAUUCCCUCUCGUCGCUCGCGCUUCCCCUCAUCACCCCUGCCGUGCUUCCCCCGAUCCUAUCCCCUCUCACCCCGUAUCCCCUGCCCUGCUUCCCCCCAUCCCUUCCCUGCUUCCCCCCACCCCCCUCCCUGUUUCCCCCCAUCCCCUUCCCUGUUUCCCCCCAUCCCCUUCCCUGCUUCCCCCCAUCACCUUCCCUGCUUCCCCCCAUCCCCUCCCCUGCUUCCCCCCAUCCCCCUCCCUGUUUCCCCCCAUCCCCUUCCCUUCUUCCCCCCAUCCCCUCCCCUGCUUCCUCCCAUCCCCUUCCCUGCUUCCCCCCAUCCCCUUCCCUGCUUCCCCCCAUCCCCUCCCCUGCUUCCCCCCAUCCCCUUCCCUGCUUCCCCUCAUCCCCUUCCCUGCUUCCCCCCAUCCCCUCCCCCCCCAUCCCCCUCCCUGCUUCCCCCCAUCCCCUUCCCUGCUACUUCCCAUCCCUCCCCCUGCUUCCCCCCCAUCCCCUUCCCUGCUUCCCCCCAUCCCCUUCCCUGCUUCACCCCAUCCCCUCCCCACCCUCACCCCAUCCCCUCCCCUGCUUCCCCCCAUCCCCCUCCCUGUUUCCCCCCAUCCCCUUCCCUUCUUCCCCCCAUCCCCUCCCCUGCUUCCUCCCAUCCCCUUCCCUGCUUCCCCCCAUCCCCUUCCCUGCUUCCCCCCAUCCCCUCCCCUGCUUCCCCCCAUCCCCUUCCCUGCUUCCCCCCAUCCCCUCCCCCCCCAUCCCCCUCCCUGCUUCCCCCCAUCCCCUUCCCUGCUACUUCCCAUCCCUCCCCCUGCUUCCCCCCAUCCCCUUCCCUGCUUCCCCCCAUCACCUUCCCUGCUUCCCCCCAUCCCCUCCCCUGCUUCCCCCCAUCCCCCUCCCUGUUUCCCCCCAUCCCCUUCCCUUCUUCCCCCCAUCCCCUCCCCUGCUUCCUCCCAUCCCCUUCCCUGCUUCCCCCCAUCCCCUUCCCUGCUUCCCCCCAUCCCCUCCCCUGCUUCCCCCCAUCCCCUUCCCUGCUUCCCCCCAUCUCCUUCCCUGCUUUCCCCCAUCCCCUUCCCUGCUUCCCCCCAUCCCCUCCCCUGCUUCCCCCCAUCCCCUUCCCUGCUUCCCCCCAUCCCCUCCCCUGCUUCCCCCCAUCCCCCUCCCUGCUUCCCCCCAUCCCCUUCCCUGCUACUUCCCAUCCCUCCCCCUGCUUCCCCCCAUCCCCUUCCCUGCUUCACCCCAUCCCCUCCCCUGCUUCACCCCAUCCCCUCCCCUGCUUCCCCCCAUCCCCCUCCCUGUUUCCCCCAUCCCCUUCCCUUCUUCCCCCCAUCCCCUCCCCUGCUUCCUCCCAUCCCCUUCCCUGCUUCCCCCCAUCCCCGUCCCUGCUUCCCCCCAUCCCCUCCCCUGCUUCCCCCCAUCCCCUUCCCUGCUUCCCCUCAUCCCCUUCCCUGCUUCCCCCCAUCCCCUCCCCCCCCAUUCCCCUCCCUGCUUCCCCCCAUCCCCUUCCCUGCUACUUCCCAUCCCUCCCCCUGCUUCCCCCCAUCCCCUUCCCUGCUUCCCCCCAUCCCCUUCCCUGCUUCACCCCACCCCCUCCCCUGCUUCCCCCCAUCCCCUUCCCUGCUUCCCCCCAUCACCUUCCCUGCUUCCCCCCAUCCCCUCCCCUGCUUCCCCCCAUCCCCCUCCCUGUUUCCCCCCAUCCCCUUCCCUUCUUCCCCCCAUCCCCUCCCCUGCUUCCUCCCAUCCCCUUCCCUGCUUCCCCCCAUCCCCUUCCCUGCUUCCCCCCAUCCCCCUCCCUGUUUCCCCUCAUCCCCUUCCCUGCUUCCCCCCAUCCCCUUCCCUGCUUUCCCCCAUCCCCUGCCCUGCUUCCCCCCAUCCCCUUCCCUCCUUCCUCCCAUCCCCUUCCCUGCUUCCCCCCAUCCCCUUCCCUGCUUCCCCCCAUCUCCUUCCCUGCUUCCCCCCAUCUCCUUCCCUGCUUCCCCCCAUCUCCUUCCCUGCUUCCCCCCAUCCCCUUCCCUCCUUCCUCCCAUCCCCUUCCCUGCUUCCCCCCAUCCCCUUCCCUGCUUCCCCCCAUCUCCUUCCCUGCUUCCCCCCAUCCCCUCCCCUGCUUCCUCCCAUCACUCUCAUUCUCCUUCCUCCUGCACUCACUCUCUCAGUCCUCUCGCACUCUCUCUCUCUCCGUCCUCUCGCACUCGCACUCUCCUUCCCGCCACCCUCAGCCCUCCUUCCCCUCACCCUCUCCCCUGUUCCCACCUGCCCUCCCCAUCCCCGCCUUUCCCUCCCUGCCCUGCCCUUCCCUUCUCCAUCCCUUCUCAACCCUUCCCUUUCAUGUCAUGCCCUCCCCUUCCCCCUCACCUUCCGCCCUCUAG